AUGGCGAAAGGACCAUAUGAGCAGCUCCAGGCGGCUGAGGAUGUCCACGAUGACUCGAGCUCGGAUGUGACGAUACCUUUCAUGGACGAUGAGGACCCCAUGCAGUGGAAAGAAGGCUAUGAUGGACCACCCAGAAGUAGGAAAGCCAGGUUUCUUUCGGCCAUUGAGAAGUUGAAGCCAAUUCGGUGGCUUAUGGAAAUCGGCCUCGUCAUCACCGUCGUCGUCCUCCUCGUCCAGCGGCGGCAGAGCACUUACGACUCCCAGAAGCCAGAGCUGGCGGGUGAUAUCACUGGGUUCGCUCCGAGAUUCUCCCAGAAGAUCGUCACCUUUGAAUUCAACGACGAGUAUAUUCCCAUACAUACCGCCAAGUUUUUCAGAGCGAAAACGCACAGGAAAUGGCUAGAUCUCGUACCGAAGGGCCUCGGUUUCUUGGAGAUGCAGAAUCCAGAAGAAUAUGACAACCUUCCCGUCCCGCUCGACGACUUCGUGAACAAGACCGUCUUUACGACAUCCAUGACCCAUCAACUCCACUGCCUUCACUCCAUCAUCGACUCGUACACUCGCCUUUCUUUAGAUUGGCAAGUAAAACACAACGAGUGGCAUGUCCAGCAUUGUUUCGAAUAUCUUCGCCAAAGUAUCAUGUGUUGCGGCGACGUUGCCCUCGAGGGCCAAGAGACUACGUUCCCCGAGGGCGAGCGCGGCGGCAGUGACGGGUGGGGAGCCCAGCACGUCUGCAAGGACUACGACGAGAUUUACGAAUACCUGGAGGCUGCGAGGGCGAACGAUGAGGUGUGGAUUUAG